AUGGAUCUUCAAAAUCAAAGUUUUGUAACAGAGUUCACCCUUAGUGGUUUCUCCCAUUCACAUGAAGCUCGGGUUAUUUUCUUUGUCGUGUUUCUCGCCUUGUAUUUGAUGACCUUAUCAGGGAAUCUUCUCAUCAUGACAGCAGUCCAUGUUGAUCCACAUCUGCGUUCACCUAUGUAUUUUUUUCUCAGCAACUUGUCUUUCUUGGACAUGUGCUACUCAACAGUCACCAUCCCAAAGAUGCUGGUUAAUGUCUUCUCAUAUCAAAAGACUAUCUCCUUUAACCAGUGCAUAUUGCAGCUUUUCUUCCUUCAUUUAUUUGGUGGCACAGAGUGCUUUCUUCUGACUGUCAUGGCAUAUGAUCGCUAUGUGGCUAUCUGUAAUCCACUAAGGUAUCACAUUGUCAUGAAUUCCAAAUUUUGUUGUUGGCUGGUGGCAUGUACUUGGCUAGCAGGUUUCUUGCAUUCCUUUACCCAGGCUUUUAUCACGUACCAGCUGCCAUUUUGUGGUCCAAACAAGAUAAAUCACUUCUUCUGUGAUGUCCACCCACUAGCUGUACUUGCCUGUUCUGACACCUUCUUUAUUGAUAUAUUUAUUAUAGCAAACAGUGGGAUGAUUUCACUCACUUGCUUUGUGGUGCUAUUGUUCUCCUACCUUGGAAUCAUAACCACAAUCUUAAAGAUCCGUUCUUCAGAAGGGAGACGUAAAGCAUUUUCUACAUGUGCAGCCCAUCUCCUGGUUGUUACAAUCUUUUUUGGACCAUGCAUAUUUAUCUAUUUGAGGCCGCCAGUGAACUAUGCAGCAGACAAGCUGGUGUCUGUGCUGUAUACAGUACUGACACCUCUAAUAAAUCCUAUUAUUUACACACUACGAAACCAGGAGGUCAAAAAUGCUAUCAGCAAACCUUUCAGAAACAAACAGCAAACAGAUAUUUGUCACAAACCACUGAAAUAAAGAAAGGGUUUACAUUAUUUCUAUUAAGA